AGCAAACAACUGGGCCAAAACAUCAGAACGUGAUGACGAAUCUAUGUACCGUAUGAUUUUGUGUGUGUUGCUUUCUUCCAUGUAAUCCAAUAUUGCUUUUUAUAUUUUCCGUAAAAUUUUAUGUUAGCUUUAAAUUGAAUCAAGUCUUAAUUAUGGCUGAUAACGAGCAAAAAGGUAUUGAACUUGUAGCUGAAGCUGAAAAAAAAGUAAGAUCUGCCCAAGGUUUCUUCAGUACAUUGUUUGGGAAUUCGACAAAAAUAGAAGAUGCAUGUGAAAUGUAUCAUAGAGCUGCAAAUGCUUUUAAAAUGGCCAAAAAAUGGACUGCUGCUGCCAAUGCUUACUGUGAAGCAGCAGAGCUCCACAUUAAAACAGGUAGUCGCCAUGAUGCAGCAUCAGCAUAUGUAGAUGCAGGAAAUUGUUACAAAAAAGCUGAUCCACAAGAGGCUGUUAGUUGUCUUAUGAAAGCUGUUGAACUCUACACAGAUAUGGGACGUUUCACUAUUGCUGCAAAGCAUCUGAUGUCAAUAGCUGAGAUUUAUGAAGCUAGCGAUAUUGAAAAGGCUAUAAGCUGUUAUGAGCAGGCUGCAGAUUAUUAUAGAGGUGAAGAAUCAAAUAGUUCUGCCAAUAAGUGCCUUUUGAAUGUUGCAAAAUACUGUGCUCAACUUGAGCAGUAUGAAAAAGCAAUUGAAAUAUAUGAACAGGUAUGA